CCAACCCUCUUCUGGUAGUGUUGCUGGGUCUGGAGGGGCCUCUUUAUUUAGUGGUGCUAUGGGGCAGUCAUCUGAAUUAGUAACAGUGGAUGAGGGCACAACUUGUGAAAUCAUCCAUGUUUCAGAUGACUUCAUCCAGUGCUUUCCGGAUCCAGAUGACAUCCAUCCCCCAGCAGCUUUGCAGCUGUCUGCAGCUCUGCCUACACCUCCCCAACCAUCAGCAGCUUUGCAGCCACCUGCAGCUUUGCCUGCACCUCCCUAGCCACCAGCAGCUGUGCAACCAUCUGCAGCCCUGCUUGCCCUUCCCCAUCCACCAGCAGCUGUGCAGUUGCCUGCAGUGCUGCUUGCAUCUCCCCAACCACCUACAGCACCCCAGCCAUCACCACCACCAGUUGUCCAGCAAAAAGUCACAGCAGAGGGCGCACCCAAACUCCUGCAAGUGGUUGCUCAGACCAUGAACUAUUGGUGCAGGUGAUGGAAUCACAGUGAGCUUUCCAAUUCUCCAUGGACGAGGUUGUGAUGGUGCAGCAGGAACAGGGGGAAGCUAUAUGGCAGGGUAUGCAGGUUCUCCAACAGAUUGC